AUGUUAAUUAAUCUUUACUUUAGGGGUUCACGUCGCGGUGGUGUUACCAGAUCUGACAAGCCACUUCCAGAUGGCCCUCCGUACACGGUAUUUGUUGGCAAUCUUCCACCGGGAACAGUUCAGGGCGACAUCGACGAGAUGUUCAAAGAACUUAAGCCGAAGGAAGGAAGAAUAGCCAACGCAACCGUGGUUUUCAAGGAGGUCGUGGGGGAGGAUUUCGCGAAGGUGCAGGUUUUCGUUCCGGCGAUCGCGAUGGCGAUAGCCGCUAUGGCAGCCAGGAAGAUUUACAUUAAACUGUAUUCCACUGUCUUUUUUACGAGAAGACCAGCUCAGCAGGAAGAAGACGACGUGAGACUAGCCGAAGCUGCCAAUCGACCUAGACUUAAGCUGCAGCCUCGCAGCGUCAACAGGCCAGUGAAUGAUCUGGCGGACGGGGCUCAGCGCUCAAAAAUCUUUGGCGAAGCGAAACCGCGAGACGUAGUCGUUCAAGAACGAAAGGCAGAACCAGAAAAGUCGACUAAAUGA